AUGUUGCAAUCUCUUCGCGGUAGCACUCGAUCAUUGAAGCUGGCUCGGCAGCUCGCGACGCAUGCGUCGCCACCUCAGCCUCCGAAGGCGAGCUCGGGACUUAGACACGAUUGGUCGCGUCGCGAGAUCCAGGAGAUCUAUGAUACUCCGCUACUGGACCUGGUGUAUAGGGCUGCUUCGGUGCACAGGAAGCACAAUGAUGGCCAGAAAAUCCAGCUAUGUACUCUGAUGAAUAUUAAGACUGGUGGUUGUACCGAGGAUUGUUCCUACUGUUCUCAAUCGUCCCGCUACUCUACGCCGACGGAAGCCGGUCGGCUUGUCGAUAUUAAGCCCGUCCUAGAAGCAGCAAGAAAGGCAAAGGAAAAUGGCAGCACGAGGUUCUGUAUGGGUGCUGCUUGGAGAGAUCUUGCCGGUCGUAAAAGAGGCUUCGAGAGGAUCCUCGAGAUGGUUACCGAGGUUCGUGGCAUGGGAAUGGAGGUGUGCACCACACUCGGCAUGCUUUCCCCAGAACAGGCCAAGAGACUCAAAGAGGCUGGCUUGACGGCUUACAACCAUAACCUUGAUACAUCUCGGGAAUUUUACCCUCAGGUAAUUACGACGAGGUCCUACGACGAGCGGUUAGACACCAUCACCGCUGUGCGCGAUGCAGGCAUCAGCGUAUGCUCCGGCGGGAUACUCGGUUUGGGUGAAUCAGACGGGGACCGAGUUGGCUUGAUAUGGGAAGUUUCAAAUAUGCCUGAGCAUCCCGAGUCGUUCCCGGUCAACGCUUUGGUACCAAUCCCUGGGACACCAUUAGAGGGCAACGAUCCUGUUCCCCAUCAAACACUUGUCCGAACCAUCGCCACUGCUCGCAUCGCGAUGCCAAACACCAUAAUUCGGUUGGCAGCUGGGCGAAACAAACUUGAUGAAUCCCAACAAGUCCUAUGCUUUAUGGCAGGCGCCAAUGCUGUCUUUACGGGUGAUCACAUGCUGACCACUCCGUGCGCACCCUGGGACGAGGACAAGGCCAUGAUGAGUCGGUGGGGAUUAGAGGGCAUGCGUAGCUUCGAGCAACCGAAUGUCGCUCGUAAGGAAGGUCCUAGACUAGAAACUGAACCCCAACCUCAAGAAGCUGGCAUUCAGCUAUAA